AAGCCAGCCAGAACACUUUUGUUCAGAGUCCAUAGAAAUAAACUUUCUCUGGGGUAUAUAAAAAAUUUUUUUCUUCUGAAAUGCAGGUCAGGUUAAAGGUAAGACUGCUGUUCAAGGAUGUUUUUGUGUUGGGAGGGGGGGGGGUAUCAAACUACAAUUGAAUUGCUGUUGUCAAAUGUAUUGCAUUUCAUACUGCUUUGUGUGGUUCUCUGAUAUCAACAUCAGUAAAGUAACUUUGGCUCCGAGUGUUUUAGUCCGUUCUGAAAGAAAAGUCACUUAUUAUCUUGGGGGACCAAAAUUCCCGGUUACACGUGUAUUUCGAUUUUUUGAGAAGUGGUUGCAUGAGCUAAUGGAUACUCGAGUAGCCACAACGUAGACUAGUAAAUGACGUGCAUAUUUCAAGUGAAAGCGUGCCUGCCUGGUCGCACAUUAAAGACAAUAUUGCAGAAAUAUAAGGCAAGAUUAGAUUCCUUGUACAUUGUGUGUCAAUUUUGCGGUACAAGAAGCACGAGGAGCGUUACAAUAGGAUCAAAGUACAGUGUGCAGUGCUUCCGUACAUGUAAUUCGAUAUUGGGAUUUACAAUACCUAAUUGCCACUGGGUGUGUUAUUGUAGUACGCGAAAAGUUCUGGUUAUGAAAUGGUUAAACGGAGUGUUUGUCGCCAGCAGCUAUCUUGUAACCAAGGAGAGCGCUGCUGAACUGCACUACAAAACAAAAUCUAGCUAUAACUUGAAACGGGGGCUUUAUUAAACUAGUUCACUUUAGUAUUUCUGACCAUGGGGUAAGCAGCCUAGGCUAGAUUUAUUUUUGCAUGGUAAAAUUUUGGUUUUACCUUUUUGGAGGACUUUUGAUUUAUUUUGGUCACCCGGGAAAUGUAGGUGUAGCCUACUCUAAAUGGAUGCCUGAGGGUUAGACUACUCAUUCCUACUUGCUGUGCGUGCUAAGAUAUGGUGCGUGUUGCAUGCUUUCUUUUGCUUUCUUUUUAUUUAAUGAAUCUUAAAAUCUGGUCGCACAUUUAAUGCAAAACUGAUUUCUUACGUAAUUUUAGGCAGCAUAAAAGUGCAGGUGGAAAUAAACUGGCUAUGUGAUUUCACGGUUUACGAUAGGUUGAUUUGGAAACCUGCUGGCAUAACGUUUAGGCUUUUGUGAUAUAAAUUAUUUAAAAACAUUAUCUUCUGUGCAGCCUAGUUAGAAUAGUGUUCUUAAAAUCACUAUGUCUGGAAUCGAACAAGCCACCAACUGUAGCAUCAAGCCGUUCAAGACCAGUGAGGAGUAUCUGUAUGCAAUGAAAGAAGAUUUGGCGGAAUGGUUGAAGGAUUUGUACGACGUUGACAUCGCCGUGAACAAUUUUCUGGAGGUCCUCGAGACCGGCGCCGUCCUCUGCCACCACGCCAACAAUGUAACUCGAGUAGCGGAGGACUUUCUCAAUAUGUACGGGCAACAGGCACUUAAGAUGAAGAUGCCCGCAUCUGAAGUGACGUUCAUGAGUUCGGCCCAAAAGUCAACUUUCUUGGCUCGGGACAACAUAUCAAAUUUUAUAAACUGGUGUCGGAAGCAGAUGGAUAUUAAAGAUGUGCUGAUGUUCGAGACGGACGACCUGGUUCUGCGGAAGAACGAGAAGAACUUUGUGCUCUGCCUGCUGGAGGUGGCCCGCCGGGCCUCUCGCUUCGGCAUGGCGGCGCCGGUUCUGAUCCAGCUGGAGGAGGAGAUCGAGGAGGAGAUCCGGGAGGAGCUGGACCUGCCCCAGGAGGAGACCCCGCUGCCCAAACCCCAGCGCCGCACCACCGACUUCCAGAACCUUCACGAGAUGGUCCAGCACUUGGUGAGCCACUGCACCUGUCCCUCUCAGUUCCCCAUGAUCAAAGUGUCGGAGGGGAAGUACCGAGUCGGCGAGUCCAGCUCCCUCAUCUUUGUCCGGAUCUUGCGGAGUCAUGUGAUGGUGCGAGUGGGGGGUGGAUGGGACACACUGGAACAUUACCUGGACAAGCACGACCCCUGCCGCUGCACCUCUCUCGUCCAUAAGCAGUGCAAGCUGGCCAGCCCCCAGCGGCCCCUCACCCCAGUGCAGCACGAGCUGAAGACCCGCCUGACUGUGCACGACGGCCGGUGCGGAUCACCCACCAGGCUGCUGCUGGGCCGAACACAGUCCCCCCUGCCCCCCGUCCACUGGACCCCCUCGGCCCCCUCCAGAGUGCCCAAACCAGGCACCCCCAAACCCCGCUCCACCUCCUCCCCGAGCCCGGCGUCCAGACCAGCCCGGGAGGCCCGGCCGGCCACACCCAGCCGAUGCAGGGAGAGGUCAGCCACGCCCUCUCGCAGACCUCUCCCCUCGAACGGCAAGGACACGUCAGUGCACAGUGCCUCCACCAGGCCAGGCAGAGAAGUCGCGCGUUCCUCUCCCACCCCACGCCUCGCCAGCAGUCUCCCCCGACGCAUCCAGCCCUCCCCCACCCCAAAGCCCGAGAGCGCGCGACCCAGAACGCCCCUGGUCUUCCACAAGACCCCCCCUCAGCUGUCCGUCCACCCGCAGCCUGCCUCGGACGGCAGACUGACCCAGUCCUGGACCAAAUCUCAGUUCUCCUUUAAACUGAGGCAGAGCACCACACCCGGGGCAAGGGGCACAGAGGCCCAAAGCCGAGGGCCCAGCCUGGGUAACACACAGGGGCGGGCAGCCCCGGGUUCACCCAAGCCCACUGUGCCUGAGAGGUGUCGCAGCCCCAUCAAGAAAAUCCGCCAGGGUCCAAAACAACUUCACGCGAGUCCAUCAGAGACCGAUAUAAUCCGCUCCUUUAGCCCGGUGAUGAGGGAUGAGGUUUGGGGAGAAUCCAGCAGUCGGCCCUUAACGCCUAUCAUGGGAGACCAAAGCAGGUAUAGGUCAGUUAAGCAACUGGCCCAAAAGAAACACACUCCCGACAGCACCCAGACAGCCUCUCUGAACAGCGUUUGGAGCGGAGACUCCGAACUGUCAGGAAAACUUGGUGCAGGAAGCUCCAGACAAGAUACCUCCAGGCUCCCCAGCAGUCAGAGGGGCCCCUUCCAAGGCAGCACAGUUUCCAUUGGUGGCACAGAAGCCAGCAUACCAGUCGCUAAACCCCAGGACUUUCAGGCGCUCAACAGCAAAGAUGGAGGGAAGGCUAUCAGAGAACUGGAGAGAGGGUGCCUCUUCACCCCACCUCCCAUCACUCCAACCGAAGAAGCCAGCUUGUACCAGAGCCUGGAGCAAGAAAUCCUGUGCAACCUGCAGCUCCUCGGCACAGAGUCAGAUGAGGACAGCUCAGAAGGCGAGCAGGAAAAUGGCAGCCUGGAGACUUCUCAGAAUAGGCAGGAGGACCCCUCCGGGUGUUUCUCUGUUCUCUCCGAACAGUCUCUGUCCAGCCUACUGUACACUGCUCAGGGUGCGUCCGCCUCCGGGUGCAGUGAUGCCCAUCCAGUCAGCCUCGAUGCAGGCCCCGCUGAACCCUCGACGGGGACGAGGCGUGUCAGCAGGGUGGAUGUGGAAAGCUGGGUGGCUGCUCUCCCUGAGAGCUCCAGGGACACCCAACAGGAAGCAAGCAGAGCGGAGGUGGCCUCAGGGCACCUGCAGCUCCUCAAACCCUGUGUUAUGAGCUCCUGGUCCUCCCUGGCCUCGAGUGUGGAGUCUAAGGAGGCUACAGGAGAUCUGAGGAGGCCUCUGGACCAGUGCCGUCAGGGAAACAAGAAGCCCGAUGGCACCGUGGACUUGGACACCUGCAGCACCAUAUCGUCAAUGGGAUCCACCAUUGAGAGCCCCUUCAAACCCACGACCCCCUCCUCCAGGCAGAAUCGGGCUCUGAAGAAGCCAGAGAGGGUGCCUUCCAUCUACAAGCUGAAGCUCAGGCCGAGAGUCCGGCCACGGCGGGACCACAGGCCAGGGAAGAAGCCCUCCAAGAUACCCACCCCUUUGUCCUACAGGAGGGGUCAGUCUGACCGCGAGUGCCUAAAAACCAAGAGGUCCACAGGCAGCGAUGCCAGCGCUGACCAGCAGGGUUCUCCCCUCAAAUUCAGCUCCAAAGAGGGCAACCAGGGCUCCAGGGGCGAUGUGCACAGCUGUAGACAGAAAGCGAAAUUUACUGUGACGAAAGCACCAGUCGAGGAAAGGCUAGGAGACCUAGAGCCACAGUCCUGGGUUUGA